AUGUCAAUUGAUCAACUGACAUGUCUAAUAGGUAUGAACAAUUACAAUAAUUUUACAGAUUUUAUCUUCCUUCUUUUUCUUUUUUUACUAACUUCUAUUUAUUUUAUUCAAAUAGUUGGCGAAACACCUUCAAUACAGUUCAUCGCUUGGCGAUUAAGUCUGGGAAAUGUAUUCAUUAAAUUGGUUUCACAGUAUGUUUCUAUUGACGGUUUAAUAUCAUGGAAAUCAACUAGACUUGGUGCUAACUUCUUUACUCCAAAUAUAUUCGCAAAGACAAUUGAAGAGGUUAAGGAGAAAACUUCAAUGCAAAAUGAUUCAGAAAAUAAAAAAUAUAAAUCAGAUAUAAUCGUUAUAUCAGGAACUUCAUUAGAUUCAUUCGAAAAAAACUGUGUUGAGUUGCAACCAUUUUGCCAUCCAAAUACAAUUGUAAUUGUUUGUUCAGAUUUUGGUGUAGAUUUGGAGAGUACUGCAAAAACAAUAUUCAAAAAUAAUUGUAAAUUUGUUUUAUCAAUAUAUUGUGCAGCUGAAUGUCGACAAUUGUCAUUGGGAUCAUUUGCUUUGAUAAAUGAUCAAGAUUGUUAUUUUUAUAUAGGUAACACGACAAUUAAAAAUGAUAUAAUUGAGACUGACUGUGAACCUACGGCAGUGUUGAAUUUGUGUGAAAACUUUUAUGACGAUCCUAUUAUGUUAAGAUUUUGCAAGAUUAUAACCGAAAGUAAAUGGGUAAUAGUCGAUUUUAUCAAAGAUUCGAGGAAAAUGUCAGCGAUUGUAUGGAAACAUAUUAUUCCAAAAAUUUGUUUAAAUAUUCUUUGCAUUAUAUAUGAUAAAUUUGAGUAUAAUGAGCUGUUACAAAAUAACUCAACAAAAGCCAUUUUUGAAGAUCUAGUUGAUGAAUUGAUGUUAAUUUCGUAUAAACAAUGUCAAAUAAGAAUUGAAGAAUUUUUUGAUCCUAACAAAAACGUUAUAAACUAUAAUAACAUCAUUACAUAUUCAAAUAAAAAAAGACAAGAAAUUUGCGACACCACAUCAAAUGAAUAUCCAGAAUAUCUUUCAUUACCUUUCGAACUUUAUUGUUUUUACCAUAAAUUGGAAUUUCCAGCUCAUAUUCUACUUUAUCAACCUAUAAUUCUUGGAAAAAAAUAUAAUGUAUCAUUUUCAAAUUUGAAUUUCCUUUAUAGUUUCUAUUCACAACUUUUGAAUCUAAGUGGUUUUUCUAUUUUUGGUGGUCUUUCUGAACAAAAGACAUAUUUUUUCCAUAACCUAAAGGGACGUUUAGAACUUGAAAAUGACAGAGGCAGUUUGAACGUCACAAAUUAUUCCAAGUCAGAAAAAAAAAAGAAGCAUAAAAAACAUAAGAAGAAAGGAAAUAAAUCAUCAACUAGUAUUGGUAAUAAUGUGAUAAAUGCUAGUCAAGAUCCAAUGGUGGAAAGUGUAAAUGAUUUAAUUCAAAGUGAUAUGGCACUUGGGAGUUCAAAAUUGCCUAUGAACUCGGAUCUUACAGGAAAUGAUUUUACUAAUGAUGCACUAUUUUCACCAGGAUUCGAGGAUGUCUUCUUGAACUUAAGAAGUAGUCUAAAUUCAACAGGUCUCAUACGUGUCGAUCCUGAUUUGUCAAAGACAGAGAUCAAGAAAACGUCCCAAUUUAAUGAAGAAGUUGUCUCAUAUAUGGAUUCAGAAACAGAAACAUCUUCAAGUGAAUCUGACAGUCAAGGUACAAAUAACCUUCAUAGUAAAAAGAAUUCUAAAAUAAACGUGAAGGAUGCCGAUAAUUCAUAUAGUUCAGAUGAGAGUUCAGAUAUUGUAGUUUUGGAAAACUUGUCGAUAAAUCAAAAUAAAUACAAGAAGUAUUCAGAAAGCUUGGUGGAUUUCUUUGAGACACCAAAAUUAUUUAAAAAAUUUAAAACAAGAGUACACAGUAAUUAUAAUGGAAAUUAUUGUAAUAAUCAAAAAACUUCAAAGUCUGAAACUACUUUGAUGGACAAUAGACCCUAUUCUACAUCUUGUUUGGAAUUCAAAAGUAAAAAUUACUCUAAUGUUAUAUCAAAUGACCUACUGGAGUUACAUAGUCAAAUGUUGAAAUUGGAAAUCCAAAAUAGCAGCAUUGACAACAAAGAAAAAAGAAAACAAUAUGCCAAUCUUGAGUUAAAACUUUGGAAACUUCAACGUCGUUUUCAUGAAUUUAAUGGAACAAUAAGUAAGUAUCAAACCGAACCUCUUGAGGAACUUUUAAAUCAUAUUGACAUUUUGAAUAAAGGUAAUACUGGUGAUAUUUUAAAUUGGACUACAUGUAGAUAUGGUGAGGUUGAUUUCUACAAAAAUAUUCGACAAGAUAAAGAAGAGAUUAUGAAUCUUUUUAAGGAUGGUGUUAAUGGGAACAAAAAUUUGAAAACAAGUAUUCUACCAAAUUGA